CACACGACGCUACUCUGGCACGCUUGGUCAUGAAGAACGGAAUCAUGCAGGAAAAUUUCGAGGAUUUGGUGAGCCCCAACUUAUGGAGGGCGUUGGCUGCCGAGACGUUCGGCACCCUGUUCGUCGUCCUUUUGGGGUGUGGGUCCUGGCUCAACUGGACUGACCCCCAUAAUCCCACCGUUGUUCAGAUCUCCCUAACUUUCGGUUUUGCCGUCGGGACGAUGGUGUGGGCUUUCUUCCACAUAAGUGGCGGUCACUUUAACCCUGCCGUCACCGCUGCCACCCUCGUCACCCGACGCGUCAGCAUCGUCAGGGGGGUACUCUACAUGAUCGCUCAGUGCCUGGGUGGAAUCCUAGGGGCGGGUAUUCUGUAUGGACUGACACCUACUAGCAUGAGAGGGACCCUUGGUUCCACGGUGUUGAAGAACGGCGUCACCGCACCCCAAGGAUUCGGGGUAGAGUUGAUUAUUACCUUUGUAUUGGUGAUCGCUGUGUUUGCCUCUAAUGACGGGGUGAGGAAGGAUCUCCGUGGCUCGGCCCCUCUCACCAUUGGCUUGGCUGUCGCUGUGUGCCACUUGUUCGCCAUUCCCUUCACAAGCUCUGGUCUGAACCCUGCAAGGAGCUUUGGUCCUGCGGUAAUCGUUGGCGGAUGGGCUGAUCACUGGAUCUACUGGGUUGGGCCAAUCGUAGGGGGCGUUGUCGCUGGUCUAUUGUACGAGUACGUCUUCUCUGCCGGUGCCACCGUCGCCCAGGCCAAGAAGUGCCUCCUCCGACACAAGCAGUCCUACACCCCUGCCCAGACGGAGGUGGACCCCAUCAUAGAGGCGGAAGAAGGCGCCAAGACUGAGCUCGUUGAAAUGAACGACACACAGAACACUCAGAACUCUAUCGAAGAAAAGGACGAGAAAAUUGAAGAGAAAGUCAAAUUGACGGAAGAAAACGAGAAAGAAUAAACACCACGUCACGACUAGAACAUUUUCAAAUUUCUGAACUCCACACAUUGGCGCUCUGUAUUGUUUUGUAUACCGUGUCCAUGUCUGCGGUGGUGUGCGGAGUUCAAGUUCGUGUUACGUUGGAAAGGUCCAACUGCGCAUGUGCGUACAAACACAUUGGAACAAACGUUCAUUUAGCGAAUAUUAUCAAAACAUGCUAGACCAACAAGGAUUUGUUCCUGAAUGCCGAAUGUUACAUUCACUGAAAAGAAAAAAUACAACCUUUUCUAAAUUAAAAAGAAAAAUCAAAAUUUUAAACGUUGUAUUCUUAUAAAAUCUACCUCUUUGAUAUUGUCGAUAAGGAUACAUACUCGGGUGAGACUGUAUCAUGUAUAUAACAAAUGCUAUUACUUCGGUAAAUGUACCCAUGAAAAAUUCAUGGAUCGGGCCCGAAUGUCUAUAAAGACACAAUCAUCCCCAGUCAUACUCGAACUGCUGACAAAAAACAUGGCAGCAUCUCUAUGUCGUUUUACAAUCAACACGCAGAUAAUGCGAUUCCAAAGUAUUUUCCUAUUGGUUUAUAUAUCACCACCUGUCUCUGGUUUUCUAGUCUUUUAUAUUUUUCGUUUUUGCAGUUUGCUCAAAAAUAGUCGACUCUAGGUCCGUGUAGUUUAGCAGUUUCGUCGUCAAUACUUCACAAGAAUUGUAUAGAUUUCCUCCUUCACCCUUCAACUCUGCGGUGUGGUCGCUAUUAUUCGCUAGCCAAUCAAGCCACGGCCUGGUUCCAAGGAGUGUGAAACCAGCGAGUGCUCUGACCAAUGAGCGCUCCGAUUACAUCGGCAAUAUUUCUCGUGCCACACGUGCUAGCUUGCGGCCAUCCACUCAACACCUUGCCUCAAAAUAUCAGGCAACGGAAGGGUUCGCACGAAGUUCAUGCACUGAUUUAUUGCACGCGGCCUGAGUUUAUGACACGACUAAACAUAGACACACGUCACUAUUACACCCCGGACGGUGUAUUCACGGGUGAUGGAGGGAAGUAUAACAGCCCGUGAAGAAUUAACGAUGGAGUGUAUCUGGAUGGUGCUUCAGACCCCUCAGCGGAUACCGGCCAGUAUUGUUAGUGCUCAACCUUAUAUUUAUCAUGGCCCCGACGUGUACAAUGUAAUUCAUUGUGCAGCCAAGAGACGUUUGCAUUUCUUGGUUAGGGGUCGUUGAAAUUCGACUGCAUCAAUAGUCACUGUCUUUGUACCAUACACAUGUUAUCAUUAGAAGACGUUAUCUAUACGUUUGUCGUAGACCCAUCCCAUAACUCAGAUCUUCAUGACGUCAUUGUAGUGUUUUCAAAUGAAAGUACCCCUAGUACGAGAUCAUAUGUACGUAGUAUGUUUUAGUUAGAUUAUGUACUCUUUUGUUAUGUAAUAAACAGGUAAUUUGUAAA